GCUGGAUUCAUUCGCUGUUCCCGGAUAGGAAGUUUGCAUUUUUGGUUCCGGCAGUGUUCGGCGUGUGCUUCAUCGGAGGACUGUCGGUAUUCACGCUGUAUCACUUGAGGAGCGUCAAGCAGAACUGAAACUAUUAACAGGUCCACCUCGAGCCUAGAUGCACGAUGGAGACGUGGCUGGUGAUCGGAAUCUCCGGCGUUACCAACGGCGGUAAAACCACGCUGGCCAAAUCGCUGCUCAGCUACUUCAGCGACAACCUGAACAAGAUCAUCUUCAAGGAGAACAUUACCCUGAACAAGGUAACGAUGCUGUCCCAAGACGAUUACUUCCUGCCGGUGGACAGCCCCAAGCACAAAGUGGUCGAGAAGCUGAACCACAUCAACUGGGAGAUUCCGUCGUCGAUCGACAUGGACAAGAUGUGCCACGACAUCAUGAAGAUCCUCGGCCACAAGUUCAUCCUGUACAACUGCCACCAGCUGAGUAAGAGUGAGGGAGACAACAACAUUGCCGAACAGGUCGAACCCGAUUCCGCGGCCGACGAGGACAACAUCUUCGCGGAUCAUUUCCUCAGCAAUUACCUGAACCGAUACGACGAGGCGUGCGCGGCCACUGCCGGAAACCAAAGAACCUCUAACCUCAUCAAAAAGUCCAAAAAUGAAUCAUUCCAAAACAUGAACAUCAAGCUGAACGUGCUGCUGAUCGAAGGCUUCCUCAUCUUCAACCAUCCGUUCACGUUGGAUCUGUGCAACAUCAAGUUCCACCUUCAUUUGCCGUACGAAAAGUGUUACGCAAGGCGGAUUGAACGGACGUACGAUCCACCGGACGUGGUGGGCUACUUUGAGAUGUGCGUUUGGCCGCUGUACGAGAAGCACUUCAAGGAGUUCAAGGACCAGCCGGACAUUUUCAUGCUCAACGGAGAGAUUGCCAAGGAGAACAUCUUCAACUACGUGCUGAACUGCGUCAAGAAUUUGCUGUGAGCAGAGCAGGGACGAGCCAGAGCACACUAACGAUAAUUCCAACAAUACAGGCGUUGUGGUAACUGUGGUUCCUUUUUUAUUCUUGAAACAUAACUGACUUUUAACUCAUACAAGGGCUAAGACGAGUAGUAUUUUCGACCGUUUGUAAAUUUUAACUAAUAUUUUUAAACAAAUAAAGCAUUCAAAAUGUGAAUGGA